AUGAAAACUAACGUUUUGUCCUUCGGGAUCGCCGUGAUUUAUCUCGGCACGGUAGCAUCAGCCUUAUUAGUUGCCAGACCACCGCCGCAGUUACCAGCCAAGAAACGUCCACACGGAUGCGAUUGCUACACAAUAUCCGGGCCUGAUCCGGGAUAUUUCCAGCACUACAAGGUCUGGGACUUUCGGGCAGUGGAUUUGAAGAAACACGCCAAUCUCAAUCUGUCGGAGCCCAUUGAUUAUGACGACGAGGACUGGGAUGAUGACGCUGAGGCCGAGGGCCAAGAACCGCAAAAUGGCCAUCUCUCGCCCGGAGUCCACAAUGAGAAAGACCCGGACCCCAGAUCACUGUUGUUCUACAAAACCUCAUUCGAGAGAGACUGGAGCAGUCAAAACUGGGAACGUCGAGGCACCCCCAUAGCCCCAGUCCUCAUGAUAAAUUCAAAGCACAACGUCUUCCUCACCGGGGACUCGGACCAGAAUAAUCCUCACGCGACGUAUCUUGUCCUGCGUACCACUCGUUUUUCAGAAUACACCUCCACCGCGGAAAUCGAGACUCGCAUACGCAAUAUCUACCGGUGCUCGCUGCGUGUCCGGCUGCGAUUAUUGCCAGCCGGCUCCGUCGUAUCGCAACCUCCUCAGCAUAAAGAAUGGCCACCGCGGGAUCCACAACGGCAUCCCACCGUGCCCUUGAACAAGACGAUUCCGCUCUGUGAUGGCAGACCACCUGAUGGCGCUUGUGCUGGCAUCUUCACCUACCAUGAUUCAACCUGUGAAUCUGACAUUGAGAUUUUGACGCGAGACCCGUCACAUCGCGUGCAUUAUGCUAAUCAGCCCGAUUAUGAUUUUGCCGCUGAUCACGAGAUUCCCAAUGCGAGUACCAUUGCCGAUAUACCUGUCCCAUGGACAACGUGGUCCACGCAUCGCCUAGACUGGCUCUCGGACAUGUCACGGUGGUAUGUCAACAAUCAGAUACAGGAUGCCAAAUCGUACAGAGUUCCUGAGUUAGAGAGCAUGAUUGUACUCAAUCUUUGGAGUGACGGCGGACUCUGGACGGGCGACAUGAGAAUUGGCGACAGUAUAUACAUGGGCAUUGAAUACAUCGAGCUGGUUUACAACCGUUCUUCUGAUGCUUUCAGGGCCCCUUAUGUGUCUCCUUCGCAAAACCAUGGCGGCCAUCAAAGGGCCCCUCCCACGAAUGGUUCUUUUGGCAAUGGGAAUCCAUUGGAGCCAGAUAGAAAGGACGAAAAGUGCAAGCCAGGUAGGCAGGGCCGCGAGUGCAGAAGAAAGAAGUGGAGAAACAGGCCCCUUCAUGAAUCCUGUCGAAGACCAUGCAACAUUGAUCAACUCUAG